AUGCAUACAUGCUUAAAAGGUAAAUCAAGCCUCCAUGAUGGUUUCUCCCUUUGCUUGUCCUUUGCAUUUGUCAGCCUGCUUGCUUUUCCUCAUGGCCUCUCUGAGAACUGGGCAGCCCAGCGGACUAAGGGAGCUUUUAAUAAUCAGUCCAUAAAGGUCACCAGCAGUAGGCCCACACGCCUGGGCAUCCUUUCUCCUGCUGCCCACCCGCCCAGUCCCAAAACGGAGGAGCCCACCGACCCCACCAUGUCAUCGGAGCCCAGCGCCCCGCCGGCAGUGCCACCCCUGCACUCCCCCAAGUCGCCGGUGUGGCCCACCUUCCCCUUCCAGCGGGAGGGCAGCCGCAUCUGGGAGCGGGGCAACCUCCUGCUUCGGGACCUGCCCAGCCCCCUCCCCACCAAGAGGACCAGGACCUACUCGGCGACAGCGCGUGCCUCUGCUGGCCCCAUCUUCAAGGGUGUCUGCAAGCAGUUCUCUCGCUCCCAGGGCCACGGGUUUAUCACCCCAGAGAAUGGCACCGAGGACAUUUUCGUGCAUGUGUCUGACAUCGAGGGAGAGUAUGUCCCAGUGGAGGGGGACGAGGUGACGUACAAGGUCUGCCCCAUCCCUCCCAAGAACCAGAAGUUCCAGGCAGUGGAGGUGGUCCUCACCAACCUGGCGCCCCACACGAAGCACGAGACAUGGUCUGGCCAGAUCAUCGGCUCCUAG